AUGACUGUUGUUACAAAUGAAAAAAAAUUCGAUCGCUUUUGGACUGUUACUGCUGGAUCGCUCAGUUUACUUGCAUUAGUUUUUACUAUUAUUGCAUUACGUACAUCUUCUUGGACAAUUAAUGAAUAUUCUUCAGAUGGUGAAGUUCAAUGGCAUGGUUUAUUUUAUACAUGUAAUCGUAUGAAAUGCACAUUACAAUAUGAUAAUAAUUUUUGGGUUAUAUUUCUAACAAUACUUAGUGCAUUAUUAUUACUUCUUGCAACAAUAAUGAUAUUUCUAAUGGGUGUUCAUAGUUUUCCUCGGCGACAUUUUUACAUCACACCAUUAAUUGAAUUUUUUGGUGUAUUGUUAUUAUUGGUUUCGCUUGUUCUCUACGCACGUCAAUCGUUAAUAAAUGGUAUUAGUGCACGUUUAAUAAUUACAGCAAUUGUUUUAGGUUAUACAAGUCUUGCAAUUGUUGUAUUUGUUGCUGGAAGAUAUUCAAUUUUUUAUAAAAAAAAUCCAGCAGACUUUCAUUAUUCAAAGACGGAAAAGAAUGAAGCGGUUAAAAGAGUUGAAGAAGAACAAGCAAUGGAACGUGGAGAAAAUUAA